AGCGGCUACUUUCUUUGACCAAAAUUCAUUAAUUGUUCCCGACGGCUAGUCACCUAAAUUCCACCAGCCAUGUUUCCCAUAAUCGCCCUUGUCUUCUCUUCACAUUUUCCCAUUUGGCGUCUGUCCAAGGGUUGGAGGUCUUGGAGAAACAUGGUCCAUAAAAGUGACACGUGAACCCAUCACUGUGAAACAAUGUUUUUAUUUGAGCAUAUGCCAAGGAGAGAUGAAUUAUGAAGGGGAAAUGUUGAAACUUGAAAGAAACCUCACGUUCUCACAUGGACCAAACAGGUCAAUUGACCCACCUCCAUCAAACACAACAUCAAACAACCUUUUAUUUUUUUUUUCUUUGGUUACCAAAACAAGACAUGGGAAUUUUUGGACCUAAUUUUUAUAUCGUUGCUAAUGAUAUCCAAGCCUUUGCAUUCGCAUGGUGGUUGAGCUAUCCACCUUUCCUGGAACUACUCACCAUAAAUUCAAGACUAUCAUUCCAGCUUUCUUGCAGUUCAUAUAAAUUAUAAUGAACUUUGUAGUGGUACAACUACAGCUUCCCCAUUGUUGAGGUUAUCUUGAGCUAUUUUUAGGCGUGUAGGAUUUUGCUUUCAAUUUAAUUAGGCGUGUAGUUGAGCCUUUUAUAGACUCUCUUUUAUAAAUUAACAAUGCCCUUCUCAUUUUUCCAAGCGAGCAAUCCAAAACAAUACUCAGAGAGCUCAUCUACACCAAUUAAUGGAUAGUAUAGAGAUGGAUAAUGAGAGAUUGACGGCGGAGAUGGCUUUCAAAGACUCCUUCUCCGCCGUCAUUAAAAUCCGUCAGCGUUUGCCUGAUUUCUUACAGUCCGUCAAGCUCAAAUACGUAAAGUUAGGUUAUGGUUACUCAUGUAACCCUGCCACCAUAAUCAUGUUUCUCAUAAUUUUCCCUUUGUCCAUAGCUACGCUCGUUCAAAUCACUGGUCUUCAACUAAGCCUUGUUUACGAGUUAUGGACAACUCGGUCCCUUCAACUCCAUGAAAUCGACGCCGCCACCAGUCUAGCUGGUUCUGCUCUAUUAAUCGUCCUUCUUGCAGUCUACUGGUCUAAGCGGUCCAGACCUAUCUAUCUGGUGGAUUUUGCGUGUUACAAACCGGAAGACGAACGGAAGAUGUCGGUGGAGUCUUUCAUGAAAAUGACGGAAGAUAGCGGCUUGUUUGACGACGAAACUGUUCAAUUCCAGAGACGGAUAUCGAUGCGGUCGGGUCUAGGUGACGAAACUUACAUACCAAGAGGAAUAACUUCUAGACCACCUAAUUUGUGUAUGGAGGAAGCCCGGAUGGAGACGGAGUCGGUCAUGUUCGGAGCAAUGGACUCGCUUUUCAGCAAAACUGGAGUUAAAGCAGAAGAAAUUGGCAUCCUCAUUGUGAACUGCAGCUUGUUUAACCCAACUCCAUCUCUUUCCUCAAUGAUAGUGAAUCACUACAGGCUUAGAGCAGAUAUCAAGAGUUAUAAUCUUGGUGGAAUGGGUUGCAGCGCAGGGCUUAUCUCUAUAGACCUCGCUAACGACCUCCUGAAAGCAAAUCCCAACACUUAUGCAGUUGUGGUGAGUACAGAAAACAUAACUCUGAAUUGGUAUUUUGGCAAGGACAGGUCAAUGCUGCUUCCCAACUGCAUAUUUCGCAUGGGUGGAGCUGCUGUUCUUCUCUCGAACAAGGGCCGAGACAGGGGCCGGUCCAAGUACCAGCUGGUCCACACCGUUCGAACCCACAAAGGCGCUGAUGACCAAAACUACCAAUGCGUUUACCAGAGAGAAGAUGACAAAGGAACUGUUGGGGUCUCAUUAGCCCGAGAAUUAAUGGCGGUAGCUGGAGAUGCGUUGAAAACAAACAUCACUACACUAGGUCCUCUGGUAUUGCCUUUAAGCGAGCAAUUUAUGUUUUUCGCAACCCUUGUUAGAAGAAAGCUCUUGAAAGCGAAAGUGAAGCCUUAUAUACCGGAUUUCAAACUUGCUUUCGAACAUUUCUGUAUACAUGCUGGUGGGAGAGCAGUUCUGGACGAGUUGCAGAAGAAUUUGCAUCUCAGUGAUUGGCACAUGGAACCAUCAAGAAUGACUCUGCAUAGAUUCGGUAACACUUCCAGUAGCUCAUUGUGGUAUGAACUGGCAUAUACAGAAGCCAAAGGUCGGGUCUCGGGUGGGGACAGAGUGUGGCAGAUUGCUUUCGGGUCAGGUUUCAAGUGCAAUAGUGCGGUGUGGAAAGCGCUCAGGGCCAUUUCCCUGGGCGAAUCAAGGGGUAACCCAUGGAUUGAUUCCAUUCACAAGUAUCCUGUUAAGGUUCCAGUGGCUUAACUUUCUUCAGUUCAAUUAGAUGGCAAUAUAUGUGGGUCUUAAUUUGGUCUUAUUUUUUUGGGGAUCAUCCGGCCUUUGUAUUAAUACGCACUCCCCCCAAGUCGUCACAUGAUAAAAAAUAUGAUUAUGGCGAAGAUCAUGCUUAUGGUAUUUGUAAAUAUGAAGAACACAUUAAUGAGUAGUUAUUAUUGCCUCA